AUGAGCGGAGAGGCACAGACGGGCUCUGGUCAAGCCGGCCAGGAUAUUGGCAAGGGUGUAAAGGGCUUGUUCAACACGAUUCACGGGGCAGGCGAGACGAUCAGAGGGACGAUCAAUUCCACGCUUGACGGACUCGGUGACGGGGUCGCUCAGCGAGAGUCCGGCAGCGCGGCCUCCAGAACAGAGGCACAGUCGGGAGAUUCGACCGUGCAGAAGGGCCAGGCCGAGUUCAAGCAAGGUCUGAGCGACAUGACGGGCGGAAGCAAGUAG